AUGGCACUGACACGCAAGCCAAAAGAGCGAAUGAUGGAAGUAUUACAAGGUAAUGUACAAACUAGUGUUGGUUUCUAUGGCCCUUCGGGCUAUGCAGAUAGUUUGUCACUGGUCAUGAAAGGAAGGGAGUUGAAGUACAGCAAGAAUCUCGGGUAUGUGGCAAGCAUAGACCUUUCUGGCAACAAUUUUUCCGGUGAUAUUCCAAGAGAAUUAGCAAAUCUCUAUGGACUGCAGAGCAUGAAUUUGUCUAAUAACAAGUUGUCAGGAAAUAUACCCACAAACAUUGGUCAGUUGAGAUGGUUAGAGUCUCUGGACUUAUCAAGAAACAAUCUUUCCGGAUCAAUUCCUUCGAGCAUGUCAUCUUUGACUUCAUUGAGUCACUUGAAUCUAUCUUACAACAAUUUCACUGGGAGAAUUCCCACAGGAUACCAGCUUCAAACACUUAAUGAUCCAUCUAUGUACAUUGGCAAUCCUGGGCUUUGUGGUGCUCCUCUUGAAAAUUGCAAGGCCAAUGAGAUAUACAAUGGAACACAACGCGCUUGUGGUGGUGAAAUUGAUGAUUGUGAAUCCGAAAUGCUGGGGUUCUAUAUUGGAAUAAUUCUGGGGUUUGUUGCAGGGUUUUGGGCUAUAUGGGGUACUUUGUUGCUCUGUGAGACAUUGAGGAAUCGUUAUUUCGUCUUCAUUGAUUGGUUAUUUGCACUAUCUGUGGAAAAAUGA